AUGUCACGCUACUACGACGACGACGAUGGUUUCCGAAGACGCCCUAGCUCUUCUCACGGCCGUGGGCGCCAUCACCAUGACCUGCCACCGGAAGAUGACUACUCUGACUCAGCCGGGCUUCCGCCUCCGUACAUGACCAAUGCCACAGGUGGUGGCCGCCUGCCGUACGACCCAAAUGUGCCCGUGUUUCCUCCUCCUCCCAAUGCGUCGGAUUCAGACUUUGGUUGCCACGGCUCCCUCCAAGUGCCACCAGCACGGCAUCGUCCCCGGUCGCAACCCCCAGUUUUGUCGACUGGGCGCUCUGAGCUCUCGCGGCGCGGCAGCGAUCGUAGUGACCGCUCACCGUCGCCAGACCGAUUCCGCGAAGGCUCGCACAGCCCACUUGAGAAAGUGAAGCAUGCCGCCGACAAAACGUUUAGCACUUCCAAGUCUGGCAUUGGUGUCGGCGUCCUUGGUGCCAUCGUCGGCGGGUUUGCCGCUCACGAAGCCUCCGAGGCCGCAUCGCGUGCACGCGACAAGCGUGACCACCGUCACCACAGCUCGCGUGACCACCAGAAGGCCACGCUGAUUUCGACUAUUGUGGGUGCGGCCGUUGGCGGCCUCGGCGCCAAUGCGAUUGAGAAGCGUGUCGAGCACCGCCGACAAGAGCGCGACAAGGAUGACCAUGACUGGGACCGCGACCACAGACCGCAGGAGCUCGGAUAUCACGGCGGUGGCACCAGCAGAGGUAUCAGUGACCAUCCCCACAGCCGCGCCCGUAGCAGCCGGGGCGAUGAUGACAGCGAUGAUGACUACGAGAGCGGCGGCCGACGUGGACGGCGCAAUAACCGCGAGCGCAACCUUGUCAUCAGCCGCAGUCCGAGUGCCAGCCUAAGCCGCAGUCGCAGCAAUAGCCGCACUCGCAUUCAGCGUCCCCAACACGGCGGAACCGCUGAUUCCUAUUACAACUCGUCGAGGUCCUAUGAUGACAGGGACGACCGUCGGUGA